GUCUUCAGGGCCUCCCUAGCUCUGGGCCCCAUCUACUCCAGGGGAUCCUGUUUCAAGGAAAAGUACCCCUACGAAACUGGAACUGCGCUAAGAAGAAACGCAGCAGGACUACAAUUCCCUAAAGCCGUCGCGGGGCCUCAGCAUCCGGGACACAGUCUGCAAGGAUCUCUGGGUAUCGUGGUCCGAUCCUUUGGCAGCAACCCUCUGCCGACGGUAAAAUUCCGGCCGAAACGGAGACUACAACUCCCAGAAAUCCGUGCUGCCGUGCGGGGGGUCUUCACGUUCUCGUGGCGCGGCGCAGGCGCACUGAGACCUCGGCGCGGACCGCGCAGACUGAAUAAUAAAAGGGGAGCGGCGAAGAGGCAGGAAGACAGGACCAUGUCGAAGGGCCCCGGGCCCGGCGGCUCCGCAGCUUCCUCGGCGCCCCCGGCCGCUACCGCUCAGGUGCUGCAGGCACAGCCUGAGAAACCGCAGCACUACACGUACCUGAAGGAGUUCCGCACGGAGCAGUGCCCGCUCUUCGUGCAGCACAAAUGCACGCAGCAUCGGCCCUACACCUGCUUCCACUGGCACUUCGUGAACCAGCGCCGCCGCCGCUCCAUCCGCCGUCGGGACGGCACGUUCAACUACAGCCCCGACGUCUACUGCACCAAGUACGACGAGGCCACGGGCCUCUGCCCGGAGGGCGACGAGUGCCCGUUCCUGCACAGGACCACAGGGGACACUGAACGCAGGUACCACCUGCGCUACUACAAAACUGGAAUCUGCAUCCACGAGACGGACUCAAAAGGCAACUGCACCAAAAACGGCCUGCACUGCGCUUUCGCCCACGGGCCCCAUGACCUCCGCUCCCCUGUCUACGACAUCAGGGAGCUGCAGGCCAUGGAGGCCUUGCAGAAUGGACAGCCCACGGUGGAAGGCAGCACAGAGGGCCCGUCCGCUGGGGCUGCAAGCCAUGCCAUGAUAGAGAAGAUCCUUGGUGAAGAGCCGAGGUGGCAAGAGACCGCGUAUGUGCUGGGGAACUACAAGACGGAGCCCUGCAAGAAGCCCCCGAGGCUGUGCCGCCAGGGCUACGCCUGCCCCUACUACCACAACAGCAAGGACCGGCGGCGGAGCCCCCGGAAACACAAAUACAGGUCAUCACCGUGUCCAAACGUGAAGCACGGGGAUGAGUGGGGAGACCCCGGCAAGUGUGAGAACGGGGACGCCUGCCAGUACUGCCACACGCGCACGGAGCAGCAGUUCCACCCGGAGAUCUAUAAAUCCACCAAGUGCAACGACAUGCAGCAGUCGGGCAGCUGUCCCCGAGGACCCUUCUGCGCCUUUGCCCACGUAGAACAGCCUCCCCUCGGCGAGGACCUGCAGCCCCCCUCCGCCGUGCCCAGCCCCACCCAGCCGGGCCCCGUCCUGUACAUGCCGUCGGCCGCCGGGGACUCGGUGCCCGUGAGCCCCUCCAGCCCGCACGCCCCCGACCUCAGCGCCCUCCUCUGUAGAAACAGCAGCCUAGGCAGCCCGUCGAACCUCUGCGGCUCCCCGCCGGGCUCCCUGAGGAAGCCCCCGAACCUGGAGGGCAUCGUCUUCCCUGGGGAGUCCGGCCUCGCCCCCGGCAGCUAUAAGAAGGCUCCUGGCUUCGAGAGGGAAGACCAGGUGGGAGCCGAGUUCCUGAAAAAUUUCAAAUGCCAGGCCAAGUUAAAACCCCACUCACUGGAGCCCAGGAGUCAAGAGCAGCCUCUGCUUCAGCCCAAACAGGACAUGCUGGGCCUCCUCCCCCCCGUGGGCAGCCCCCUGACCUCAAGCAUCUCUUCUAGCAUCACCUCCAGCCUGGCAGCUACUCCCCCUAGCCCUGCGGGCACCAGCAGCGUCCCUGGCAUGAACGCAAAUGCUCUGCCCUUCUACCCCACCAGCGACACGGUAGAGUCGGUCAUAGAGUCUGCCCUGGACGACCUGGACCUGAACGAGUUCGGGGUGGCAGCCCUGGAGAAGACUUUCGACAACAGCACAGUUCCCCACCCGGGCAGCAUCACAAUCGGUGGCAGUCUGCUGCAGAGCUCUGCUCCCGUGAACAUCCCCGGCUCCCUGGGCAGCUCGGCCUCCUUCCACUCGGCGUCCCCGUCCCCUCCGGUCAGCCUCUCCUCGCAUUUCCUGCAGCAGCCCCAGGCCCACCUGAGCCAGUCAGAAAACACGUUUUUGGGGACCUCGGCAUCCCAUGGGUCCUUGGGUCUGAAUGGGAUGAACAGCAGCAUCUGGGAACACUUUGCCUCUGGAAGCUUCUCCCCGGGCACUUCCCCUGCCUUCCUGUCGGGGCCAGGGGCUGCCGAGCUGGCCCGGCUUCAGCAAGAGCUGGACGAAGCCAACGGCACCAUCAAGCAGUGGGAGGAGUCCUGGAAGCAGGCCAAGCAGGCUUGUGAUGCCUGGAAGAAGGAGGCAGAGGAGGCCGGGGAGCGGGCCAGCACGGCCGGCGCCGAGUGCGAGCUGGCCCGCGAGCAGCGGGACGCCCUGGAGGUGCAGGUGAAGAAGCUGAAGGAGGAGCUGGAGCGGCUGCACUCGGGGCCCGACCCGCAGGCCCUGCCCGCCUUCUCCGACCUGGAGGCCCUCUCGCUCUCCACCCUCUACUCCCUCCAGAAGCAGCUGCGGGCCCGCCUGGAGCAGGUGGACAAGGCCGUGUUCCACAUGCAGUCGGUGAAAUGCCUUAAGUGUCAGGAGCAGAACCGAGCGGUGCUGCCGUGCCAACACGCCGUGCUGUGCGAGCUGUGCGCCGAGGUCAGCGAGUGCCCCGUCUGCCAGCCGGGCCGGGCCCACGCGCUGCAGUCGUGACCCCGCGGGCCCGGCCCCGGCCUGGCUCAGCUCUUCCCACCUAGGACUUUUUAAAGUAUAUAUAUGUAUGUAUGUAUGUAUGUAUGUACAUGUAUAUGUAUAUGUAUAUGAUUAUGUAUAUGUAUACAUUCUGUGCGUAUGCAGGUGUGCGUGGGCGGCCAGUGUGAACAGUGUCUGUGUGUAUAUCUCGACACAGAUAUAGACACACACUUUAAACAGACUUACCAAGCACUUUUUAAAAGAAGCAACUAUUUUGCAGUCCUCCCUCUGCCCACUCCCUACCUGUCCCACUUCCCCUCUUCUUCCACCAGCCUUUUGGCAGGGGAUCUGUUUCUCUUUUUUAUGUAGGAACUAACUAUUUUUAACUUCUUGGGGCCUGAGCAGGGAAGGAUGGAAGCUGGACGGGCCGAGGGGAGGGGACGAGCCUUCAGGGCAGGCCCUGUUCACCCCACCUCCCCGGGCCAGGGCAGGAGGCGGGGCCUGCGGGCUCCUGGCAGUGAGGCCCGAGGGUGUGCCAGGGCUCCGGGCCCGCCCAGGUCCUAGCUUUACCAGACGUGUAUUCAAUUCGGGGCUGGCCGCAGCCCGCUCCGAGCUCCCACCCCUGGGCCCUUGAAGCCCCUCGGGUUCCUGAGGCCGGGGCUCGGCCUCAGUCCUCUCCCCCAGGUCUCGGGAGCAGCCUCCCUGGCCCCAGGGCCACCCACCAGGCUGGCACUGCCCUAUCUAUCACCCCCGGCAGUCCCUCCUCUUCUGGCACUGCCCCCCGCCCCGUGCCCCCACCCCUCCCUCUGGCAGCUAGCAGGGCAAUCGGUAGGGAGGGUCUGCGGACUGUGAGGACCAGGGGCUCAGGCCCUGCCCCCUCCCCGAGGGGCUCCGUAUGCAUUCCUUGGUGCUCUCCGAGUGCAGCUGGCGUCCCGCCCCGUGCGGCGUGGACGCCCGUGUGCGUGUGUGUGCGUGCCUGUCCGACGUGUAGUGUGUUUUAGCUUCCAUUCUAAAACUCGUUCUGUACAGAGAGAUGCGGCGGGACGGGAGGGCGGAGUGGGUGGGGGAAGCCACCCCACUCCCGGCGCUGGUGUCUGGGGUGGGGGCCAGAGGGCUUCAGAGGGUCUGGCCCCAGCCCCUCCCCCCCUUGGGCUCAGCACGAAAGGGCUUUCAAUGAAUUAAGUGAAAACUUUCUUUUUUUACAAAAAUGCAAAAAUCAACAAAGCUCCAAAACCAUUGGAAAUAAAACAUGAACUUGCA